AGCAGGAAGUGUGGUUGCGCUUCUGUCUGUCUAUAGAUGAGACGAGCAGGGAAGAAAAUGCUAGAAACGACCCCGGAUAAUGCAACGCUAAAUAAACACACUGUGUCCUAACGAGAAAGCACAAAUCUACAUUUAACCAAAACAGGAAACGGGGCUGUUUGUGAUCGACUGGGGAACGAGAGAAGUUGACCAGAUCACUGUGACCUGCAGUCCACAACCGUAAUAUCCUCAGUCUUCAUCAGAGAAUACAAGAUUACAUUCAAAGACCCAUCUGACUUACAAACGCAAAUAUGAGCACUCACGAAUCUGAGGUGUACACGGUGACGCCGGAGAUGCCGGCGAUGUUUGACGGUAUGAAGUUGGCGGCUGUGGCCACAGUUCUAUACGUCAUCGUCCGGUGUCUAAACUUGAAAAGUCCCACAGCUCCACCGGAUCUCACUUACCAAGAUACAGCACUCAACCGCUUCCUGCUCAAGUCUUGUCCUAUACUGACCAAAGAGUACAUUCCUCCUCUACUGUGGGGUAAAAGCGGUCAUCUGCAGACGGCCCUCUACGGAAAGUUGGGUCGGGUCAGUUCACCACACCCGUUCGGCCUGCGCAAAUAUCUGCCCAUGCAGGAUGGGGCAACGGCAACUUUUGACCUCUUUGAACCCCUGGCGGAUCAUCAGUCCGGAGAGGACGUCACCAUGGUCAUCUGUCCUGGCAUUGGGAACCACAGUGAGAAGCACUAUAUCCGCACAUUUGUGGACCAUUCGCAGAAACAGGGCUACCGCUGUGCUGUGCUCAAUCACCUCGGGGCCUUGCCGAACAUUGAGCUUACCUCCCCUCGCAUGUUCACCUAUGGCUGUACAUGGGAGUUUGCGGCAAUGGUGGGCUUCAUCAAAAAGACAUAUCCCCAGACCAAACUUAUUGUCGUGGGCUUCAGUCUGGGGGGGAACAUCGUGUGCAAGUUCCUGGGAGAGAACCGAACCAACCAGGAGCGGGUUCUGUGCUGUGUGAGCGUCUGCCAGGGCUACAGUGCACUGAGGGCUCAGGAGACGUUUCUGCAGUGGGACCAGUGUCGUCGUUUCUAUAACUUCCUGAUGGCCGACAACAUGAAGAAGAUCAUUUUAUCUCACAGGAGCGUGUUAUUCGGCGUGGGCUCCACUAAAAUGGUGGACGCGGAUCUGAGCCGGCUCUACACUGCCACAUCUCUCAUGCAGAUCGAUGACAACAUCAUGAGAAAAUUCCAUGGACACAACUCUCUGAAGGAGUACUACGAGAAGGAGAGCUGUGUUCAUUACAUUCAUAAUAUAAAUGUGCCUCUGCUGCUGGUGAACUCUGGUGACGAUCCGCUCGUGCACAACUCACUGCUCACCAUUCCUCGCACACUCGCAGAAAAGAAAGAAAACGUGAUCUUCGCUCUGACGCUGCACGGUGGACACUUGGGUUUCUUCGAGGGCGCUGUGCUGUUCCCUCAGCCCCUCACCUGGAUGGACAAGGUCAUAGUGGGCUACGCCAAUGCCAUGUGCCAGUGGGAGAAACAAAAACCGCCGUGCCUAAGUCAAGGCGCCCAUUCCAGCGAAACCAAAUGCCAAGACAGUAAAUCCUAACCGACCCCUGCUCCGUUUCACCUCCACCGUGACAUUUUCACCACGCACACGAGGGAUCGGACCACCAUCUUCAAGCGUUCACUGUCAGUGGGAAUAUUUGUUUCUCUUUUUUUUAUCACGGUUUAACAACAUGAAUCGUAAUGACUUUCCAACGGAGAAAACAAUGCCACUCGAUGACCAAAAAAACAAUCAAAUAACCUGUGUAGCGAUGGCGGCGUUUUAGAUUUACUGUAGUUUGUAGUUUAGAUACAAUCAGUAUCUCUUGCUCUCUAAUUAGGACACUGAAAACUGAAAGUUUAUCACUGCAGAGCUGGGUGAAUCUCACAAAAAUCAAAGUCAAAUAGGAUGGAGAAAAUAGUAGGUUUGUACAAUAUUAAAAGAGAAUAUUUUGCAUAAGUAAGAAGAAGCCUGUUUUUGAGACAAUUAAAAUAUUCAGCAUUUUAAUUAAAAUGUAAGCACAUCCCCCCCCCCCCUUUUUUUUUUUUUUUGGCUUGGUUUUUUUGUUCCCUUUUAUGGUUUUGUUUUUGUUUUUUUCCUUUUUAUAUAUUUUAGUUUUCAGUGAUGAGCCUCAUAUAUAUAUAUAUAUAUAUAUAUAUAUAUAUAUAUUUUAUACACAAAAUACAUACAAAAUGUACAUAUAAUCAUAAAUCGAUAAUUUAUUAUUAAAUAAUUUUGACAUUAUUUUGAGCAGAAUGAGGUUAUUUUAAGAUAAUUUUAAGAGAAUUUCAUGUCACAAUGCAGAAAUUUAAUAGUCCUCAAAAUAAGCUUAAUUUAUUUUAGCUGAAUUAAAUUUCCUUCUUUAAUUGGUUAUUGGAUCAAAAUUUGACCUAGACAUAUUGUUGACCAGCUUUGAGACAAUAAAAAUAUUCAGCAUUUUAACUGUGUAAGCACAUUUUCCCUUAUUUUUGGUUUUGUUUUUGGUCAUUUUUUGGUAAAUAUCAGUUUUUUUGAAGUCAUUUUCCUUUUUUCAAUAAUGAACCUCAUGUUUUUCUUUUGUUUUUCUUUUUUUCUUUCUUUUUUUUUUUUUUUUACAAAAUAUUAAAAUACAGUAAAUCUGUAUUAAUGAAAGGUAGUGCAACAAAUACCAUGAUUAUUAAUUUUGGUAUUAAAUUUAUAUAUAUAUUUAAUACAAAAAACAUUAUUUUAUUUUAUGAUAAUGAGAAUUUUGUCACAAUGCAGAAAUCUAAUGAUCCACAAAUAAAAUAAGAUAAGCUUAAUUUCUCUUAAAUUAAAAAAAUCCCUCCUUUCAUUGUUUUUUGGAUCAAAAUAUGACCUAGACAUAUUCUUGACCAUCUUUGUGAGAUUCGCCCAGCCAGAUUAUUAAACCAACACAAACUUUACUGUACAUAACACAUGAGUUAAUGGGAAGCGAGUGUUACGCAGGCACUGUGUGCUUAUAGAUACGACCGGCGCGCUGUUUGAGUGCAUAUUAUCGUUUGAUAUAUAAUUUUUUUGGUCUGGUAACCGUUUAAGCACAGGCUAGCAUUCAUGUCGCUCGUAUUUUAAAACUAACUAGACCUUUUCAAGUGUACCAUAUAGUGUGACAGGAGAAACUUCAUUAAUCAUGAAGCCUUGUCGGUUGAAUCCAAGUCACAUUCCUAGUCGAUCUAUUUUCUGUUUAGCACUUUUAUAUAACAUUUGCCAUACGAUUUAUGUUGUCAUUUAGAGAUUACAGAGACUAGCCGACAACGUAAAAUCUAGAAAUGAGAAAUAACAACAAGAGGGAGAGAGCAAGCCUUGAACGAACUCGAUGAUCCCUCGUGAUUACCAAAACGUGUUGGCUGUCCUCACUUGCGGGCUGUCCCACAAGCACUACGACCCAGUUUUAGAUGGCAAAUCCCAUUCUGUUGAAGUCCUGCUCCUGUGGAGAACAGCACUGCGCUGUUUGCGGCAGUAUUGACUCGUGUUUGUGGAGAAGCGUUGAAGUUGCUAGAUCUAGAUUGUGUAACGUGUUGAUUUGGGACCCAGUGGGAGACAACAGUGCUUUUCAUGGUGCACGUCUGUGAAAACUGGUUACUUUAAGGGAUUUGUGCUGUUGUGUCGUUUUAGGUUUUUUCUUUAUCUUGUUCCUUUUCGUUUCGCUGUUUUGUGCGAUUACUUGACGAAUUUAUGUGUUUCUUUACUCUUGGAUUCGAGACUGUCUGAAAUGGAACUGAUCUUCUUCUUGUUACCCAUUAAAAAAAUCAAAUGCAGAGGGGAAAUAUAUAAGAUAUCAGUUUAAAUUUGAAGGGAACAUUUAAAGUGUUGUUUCCAAAGACUUACACGGACUCUAAAAACCUUUAACACAGCAGUUUAGUGCAGUUAGACUUGAUGUGUUUUAGGGAAAACAUAUUUAUAAAUCUCACAAAAUGGCCAGGUAAUAUUUCACCACACAAUUAAAAAAAAAAUUCAGUUGUAUGUUGUUUUGAGAAAAUUAUGCGUAUUUUUAAGGAUUUUUUUUUUUGUACAUUUUGACAUUGACAUUUAAACACAUUUUCACUUUACUUUGUAGUUUUCAACAUCUCUUCAAUAAUUUGUCAUUAUUGUAACAUUUUUCUUUUUUCUUACAGUAAAAAUAAUAUUUUUUUAAGUAAUAAGUACUAUGUAUAUCAGAAAGAUUUUUUUUUUUUUUGUUUUGUUUUGUUUUGUUUAUUUGAUCAAUAAUACAGAAAAAAAACAGUAAUAUUGUGAAAUAUUAUUUCAAUUGUAAGUAACUGUUUUCUACUUUAAUUUAAAAUUUAAAAAAUGUAAAAUUAAAUUUAUUCUUCUGAUGCAAAGGUGAAUUUUCAGCAUCAUUACUCUAGUUGUCAGUGUCACAUGAUCCUCCAGAAAUUAAUAUAAGCUUGUGUUGAAAGCUGUUGUGCUGCUUAAUAAUAAUAAUAAUAAUAAUAAUAAAUAAAUAAAUAAAUAAUAUAUAUAUAUAUAUAUAUAUAUAUAUAUAUAUAUUUAUUUAUUAUUAUUAUUAUUAUUAUAUUUAUUUUUUUCCCAGAAUUCCUUGAAUAAAAAAAAAUUAAAUAAAACAAUGUAAGUCUUUACUAUCAUGUGUUUUUUGUUUUUUGUUUUUUUAAUCAAUUUAACAUCCUUGCUGAGUAAAAAUCUAAAUUAAAAAAUGAGGAAAAAAAUUAAGAAAAAAAAUUAUUGGACCCAAAGUUUUAAUUUAAUGUAUAUAUUAAUCUGCACAACAGUUUCCAACAUUGAUGAUAAAUAAAUUAUUUCUGAAGGAUCAUGUGACACUAAAGACUGGAGUAAUGAUGCUGAAAAUUCUUCUUUGUGUCACAGAAAUAAAUUAUGUUUUAAAAUAUUUUCAAAUAGAAAACUGUUAUAUUAAAAUGCAAUAUUAUUUCACAAUAUUACUUUUUUUUUUGUAUUUUUGGUCAAAUAAAUGCAGCCUUGAUGAGCAUAAAAAUGUCUUUAAAAAUUCUUUAAAAUCUUACUGAUCCCAAACUUUUGGGAUGAAAUAUUACUCUGCCAUUUCUGGACCAGUUUUGUGAGAUUUAUGAUCUUAUUUUGUGAGAUUUAUCAUCAUGCUGCAGCUGUGAAAGAAUAUUUAUUUUUUGCUUUUUCAAGGGAAAAAAAAAAUUGGAAAAAGCCACUCCUUGACCAAAAAAAAAAAAAAAAAAAAAACUGUGUAAAGUUUAGUAUGCAUUACAGUUGAGUAAAGAUUGUCACUGGUUGCCGAAAACCGUCAGUCAUGUGUUGUGAGCUAUGUGCAUUUUUACCAUACAUAGCUGCCUUCAUUAUUAGUGUUCAGCCGUUAAUACUGAUGCAUCUUCUUAAAGGAGAAAGUGUCAACAGCACUUUUAUGUGUCAAAAAACUUUUUACCAGUUAGCAGUUAAAAGAUGCCCCCUGUGGGUUGUCGGAUGUAAAAGCACUGAGGUGAAUGUGCAGUUUCACACCCAACAACUCUCAGCUGAUACAGUUUAUCAAAUCCCAUCCAGACAUGUUGUAUUUGUUGGUUGAAAGAGAAAGUUGAUCCCCUCUGUUACGUUUUUCUCGUGUCUUUUAGUCCCUGUAUUUAGUGAAAUUGUUCUUGUCUUGUUUUUUGAACAUUUGGAAAACAGCAAAAAUGGUGUUGAAAAUGUAAGAGUCUAAAAGUUCCCGUUUGGGUGUAAAGUGUUCGGCUGUUUCCGGUGAUCGGAUCUAUUUGGCCUUUUGCACCAGCACAAAUUCAAUCUCUGCUGUAAGUCGAUCCAUUUUGCCUUUCAGAAUGUCUCCCACUUACUUUUUUUGCACAGAAACACGGGCUUAUGUUGUACAUCUUCUACAAACAUUAACCAAAUUUUUGUUUGUUGUUUUUUUUUGUAUUUUACAUUAAUUUCAAUGUUAUUUUUAUUCUAUUAUGUACAAAAGUAUGACUGUAAAUGAAUGUACGUGAAUGUUUCAAUGCAUCAUAUCACCAUGUUUGCUUAUGAAAACUACCAACAAACUCACAUUGGCAGGUCAAAAGAUAAAUAUGUUGUAAUAUAUUGAUGGUUUAUGGAAACCAGGGAACUUUGAUUUGCUUAAUGAUCAGCAAUAAUGCUUUGACUUUUUUCUCUUUUUCUCCACGCCAAACUGAGACAAAUAGCUCAAAGAAAAAUAUUGUGUCAAAUGGAGUUUAGAGGAAUUUCAUUCAUGCUGCAAUCACAAAUAGGAAUUAUAAAAGCAAAGUGAAAGGCCAUAUAUAUUUAAAAAAAUAUCUAUUUGCAGAAUUAUAGAGUAGGAUAUUCACAAAGCUUUGAGAUUGACACUGCCCGAUGCCACUUGUGAGGGAUUAUUUCACUGAAGAUCACCAAAUCUGUUCCUAGUAUUCUGACCCACAUUCUAAUCAUGGUUUAUUGUGUUUGAUGGCUGGAUUUUGAAUGUGUCAUUUUUUUCAUGACCUCAAAACCCCAUGCAGCAUAAUAUCUCAAUCACUGGUGUGUUUUUGAUUUGGAAAACCAAUGGUGUGUGAUUGAAUAAUUUAUUAUUACAAGAAUGGUUAUUGUGUUCCAGAAAUAAAUUAUUUUCUUGUUUAAAAACAAA